AUGAGGGCUCAUAUGACUGGGGAUUCAGAUUCAGCAAACUUUUCAAACCUUCUUCUUACAAUUGGAGAUGGACACCUCCCUUAUGUAGAAGUACCUGAUACAAUUUUAGUUCCUGAAGAACUUGGCAAAUGUGUUGAGAAACUAGAGGAUUUGAAGGCAAGAGUGUAUCCAGACUUGAGCUUGAAUGGAAAACAUCCAGACUGGCUUGCUGAGCGAGCGAUUGUUUCUCCAUUAAAUGCCAAUGUCAACAAGUUGAAUAAAUGGCUAAUGAGUGAAUUUCCAGGGCAGGAAAAUGUGUACAAAUCUAUUGACACUACAACAAAUGAUGAUGAAGCUGUACAGUAUCCUACAGAGUUCUUGAAUUCAAUUGAGCUUUCUGGAAUGCCUCCCCAUCUUCUGAAAGUUAAAGUUGGUUCUCCGAUCAUGAUUUUGAGAUCAUUGGACCCACCCCAAACAAUAAAUGGAAUAAGAUGUGUUGUAACAAGAUUGCAUGAGAACUUGAUUGAAGCAACCAUUAUAUUCGGCCCUUACAAAGGUCAAGCUCUUCUCAUUCCGAGGAUUCCACUUAUACCAAGUGAUAGCGAGUUGCCUUUUGCAUUUAGGAGGCUGCAGUUCCCAGUGAGGCCAUGCUUUGCCAUGAGCAUCAAUAAGAGUCAAGGUCAAACUUUCAAAAACUAUUGGUAUAGAUCUGACAAACCCAUGUUUCAGUCAUGGCAUGUUUUAUGUGGCUGUUUCAAGGACUGGAACUUCAAAAAACCUCUACAUUUUAGCCAAUCAAAGAAAGACAAGAAAUGUUGUUUACCCUGA